CUUGUAAAACGCUGACUUAAUUUAUGAUUAAACAUUUUAUGGUGAAAUUAUACCUGUGCUGUGGUACCGAUUUUUAUGAAAAUUUUGCUUGAGUGUUUUAUACCCGGAUGUUCUUACUAGGACAAUUAUUUAAAGAGCUAGCAAAUGAUGUUAAUUAGAAGUUCGUUUUCAUCUGAAAUGAUCAGCAAUCAUUGAUUACCAGUUAAAAGUACUUCAUUAAUAUUUACACAAAUAACACAUUAUAAGGAAGUACCCAACUCCUUUUCAAUUUGGAGAGAAGACAAAAGAAGAUGAAUUAAGGACCUCAAACUAACCGCUGAAUUGCACGAGAGAUAACUUAGUCAAAAUAGACCAAGGUUGGCAGAGGCCUAUAUUAGAAGACGGAUGAUAAAAGAAGAAGUAUAACAGGAAAAAGAAUAAGAAAAAGGAGAAUAAUGAGAUCCUGGGAAUGAGAUGAUCCUGAAUCCGGAUUCUUCUACAAGUUGUUUAUAAGCGAAAAGGUUUGUAUCAUAGUAUAUAUUUGGCACUCCGGGAAACUCUUUUCAAUAGAAAAGAAUUCAUAUUGAUUUUUCAAAUGAAUCAAUUUGCUCCAAAAAACAACAAAAUAUUCGAUAAACAACAAGACGACACAAUUUUGGGUGAAACCCAUCAACGAAAAAUCCAAUGUCCAACAUUUGUAAACAAACAAAAAAACUGGAUUUCUUGAAAUUACGAUUCUCUGAAUUGCUUAAGUAACCAUAUACCUACCUAUACCUGAUGGCCGAAUGGUAGUUUGUAUUGAAAUUAAAAAAAAAAAAAGACUUCUGUUUACAAUAAUAUACAGAAUUAUUCUGCAGGAAAUAAUUUAUUCCAAAAAAAAAAAUCAUGCUUAUAUGGUUUAUUCAUCCUUAACAUUUUAAUUAAUUGAUACUUGCAAGGUCCAAGAUUUUAUGCUUAUGUUCGUAUAAUAAAAUAAAUGUACCAUUUACUACCUGUUAGGUAUAAUGAUAAGCCUCUCUCUUCUUGUAUUUUCAUUCCAUCCUUCCUCGGAGAGUUUUAUUUUUUCUUAUUUGUUUGCAUGCAGAUGCAAAACAAGAUUUCGAAGAUGGUCUAGAGACCCCAGUUCACCUACGUCACCACCAAUUUAUAUUCACCAUUGUGCAUAUAUAUUUAGUUAAUGUUGUUUUGGGACGUGCUUUCAAUUGAAUAAGUUUUGUUAGUUCUACAACGGUUUUACAAUAAGAUACAUCAAACAUCAUCAUCAUCAGUAAGUAAAUGGAUAAGAACCAAUUGUGGAUUGAUACGUUCUUGAAGAAGGAAGAUGGCAAGAAUAUCAACCAGUAUCUUACAGUAUUUAUUGCAACCAUCACAUUAUUUAUAUCAGGCAUCCAUCAAGGAUGGGCUGGCCCGUCCUUAGUCAAACUCCUUUCGGAUGAAUACCCAAUCCCAGUCACAGAAGAAGAAGCUUCUUAUAUCACCAUCAUUGGCCCAGUAGGUCACGUGAUUGGUGGGUUUUUAUCCUCCUAUUUGGCAGAUUUUAUUGGCAGAAAGGCUACAGUAUUAUCUAUAGGAUUGCCUCAGCUCGCUUCCUUCAUCCUCAUCUACUUCUCCUACAAAGGUGUCUACCUCCUUUACAUUGCCAGAAUCCUAGGAGGCAUGGGUGAAGGAGCCUCAUUAGCUCUCCUACCAUGUUACAUUGCAGAAGUAGCCGAACCAUCAGUUAGAGGCUCUUUAGGCUCCUUUGUGAACCUACUACUACUAUUUGGGCAAUUAUUUGUAAACUCAGUGGGUUCGUAUUUGACAAUCCAUUCCACUGCAAUGGUUUGCUUAGUUUUCCCAAUAAUAUUUUGGAUAACCUUUAUCUACAUGCCUGAAAGUCCUUAUUAUUGUUUGAUGAAAGGUGACACAGAAAGAGCAAGACACGCUUUACAAGUCUUAAGAAGAAAACGUGAGGUGAAUCUGGAACUGGAGCAAUUAUCUGCUGAUGUUGCCAGGCAAAUGUCUGAGCAAGGCUCGUAUAAAGAAUUAUUCACUAUUAAAUCAAAUAUGAAAGCAUUUAUGAUGGUGAGCUUUACAAGAACUUUUCAAGUGUUCACUGGAAGUAUUGCCUUAAUGUCUUACCAACAAAUCAUGAUAGCUCAAUCAACAGAUUUAUCUCCAGUAAUGGGCUCAACAGUAUUAAUCAGUGCAGGAAUUUCAACAGUCAUUAUAGCGUCUUUUUACAUAGACAAAUAUGGUCGAAAACCUGUUUUUGUAGCUUCAGCUGCUCUGACUGCAAUAACUCUAUUCGGACAAGCAUUAUUUUUAACAAUCAAAGACUACACUACCAUAUCUGUUUCAACAUACUCCUGGUUGCCUUUACCCAUAAUGAUUUUGAAUAAUUUAGCUUUUAGAGGCGGCCUGGGAGUAGUCACCAACAUUUUCAUCAGCGAAAUAUUUUCAGCCAGCAUCAAAGCUAAAGGCAUGAGCUUAAGCAGCUUAGUAUUUGCUAUACUUAUGAUAGUGAGUACCAAAAUGUAUCAGUUUACUGCUGACAAUAUCGGCCUGGCGGUUCCGUUUUACGUGUUUGCGAUUUUUACGUUUUUCGGUACCUUGUUCUUUCAUUUUGUUUUACCUGAAACCAAAGGGAAGAGUUUAGAGGUGAUCCAGCAAGAAUUGAAAGGCGAGAGUAAUAAUAAGUUAACUGAGAGCAGGAUUAAUUUUAUUGAAGAAACAUGACUUGAGAUGUUCAGUUCUAAAAUAAGUUCACAUGAAAAGAAUCUCCCUGUGAUAAUUUUUAAUGUAUUAUUUAUUUAGUUGGUAUAAUAGCACUGUAGAUCAUAAGGUAUAAUGUAAUUUAUUUUUUAGGAAUUCAUGUGGUUUUUAUCAUACAAAAGAUGUUGAAUUAAAUGAUACCUACCUACUAGAA